AUGAAAAUUGAAACUAUGGGACUGGUGCAUGCCUACUUUGACAUCACGAUAAACUCAAAGCCAAUAGGACGCGUGGUAUUUGAGCUAUAUGACACGCUAGCGCCAAAAGCAAGCAGCAAUUUCCUCAACUUGUGUCGAGGUUGCACCAUCGAUGGCCACCAUUAUUCAUACGCCAACAACCACUUCACCCGGGUCAUGAAGAAUUUCGUGGUCCAGGCCGGGAGUAUAGACGGCGGUAACAUCUCCACCAUAUCGGGCUCAGAUACAUCGAUCCCGAUCCCAGCUGAAAACCUAGUGGAUGAUUUUCCUCCAUUUCAGCUCUGUCUGGCAAACAACGGCGACGUGCAAGCCAACGGCUCGCAGUUUUUCAUCACCACCUAUCCUCAGCCCCACUUGGCCGGAAAACACACGGUGUUUGGCCACGUGAUACAUGGCAAGUGUGUGGUGCGCGAGAUUGAGAGAGCCAAGACUGACGCUGAGAAUGUGCCGGUGGUGCCCGUGGUGAUCGAGUCGUGUGGCGCAUGGGAUGAGUCGAUGGGUGUGCCGGUGUACAACGCAAGCUACGACCCCGUGGGCGGGGACAUCUACGAAGAAUAUCCCGACGACGACGCCAAUUUCAACCAGGAAUCGGCGCAGGAGGCAUACGACGCGGCGUUGAAGAUGAAAGAGAGCGGAGCGCUCCUCUUCAAAAGGGGCGAUAAGCAGCUGGCUUUCUUGAAGUGGCGCAAAUGUCUCCGCUACGUGGUCGAAUUCGACCCUGACGAAGAUCAAAGUCCUGAUUAUUUUGUCAAGUUCCGCGAGUUGAAGAAAAAAGUUUAUUUGAAUCUCUGCUUGGUCACGAUGCAGUUGGGCGAAUAUGACCGCGCCAUCAACUAUUCUACUUUUUUAAUGGAGAUGGAUAAUGUCACGGACCCGGAGAAGGCCAAGGCCUUGUAUCGGCGAGGUUUGAGCUAUUUCAAUUUGAGGAAAUACGACAAGGCAGUGGUGGAUUUGAAGCGGGCGCAUGGUAUAGUCCCUGACGACAAGGACGUUUCGAGUAAACUCGAAGCAUCAGAGAAAGCACUCGUUCAACAAAAGGAAAAGGAGAAAUCAAAGUAUGCCAAAUUCUUUGGAUAG